GCGCCUUUUCACUGUCAGUCACGAGCUUCCGCCCUCCUUCGCUCCGGCGACCCGAGCUCCUCUUCUUCUCCGCCGGCGCGCCGGGAUGCCCAAGCGGGGGCGGCAGGUGCCUCCGCCGGAACCAAACGCCUAGCCGGGCUCCGCCGCUGGUGCCAAGAGGACAGGAAAGAAGAAUGCAACUUCAAACAUGUGUCAUCAGUGCCAGAAAAACGACAGAGGGCGAGUUGUACUGUGCCUAUGCUGCAGAACAUAUAGGAGGUGGAGGAGAUAUUGCUUGCCGUGCAUUGCUCGCUGGUAUCCACAUUUAACAGAAGGAGACUUUGUUAAUAGUUGUCCAUCUUGUCGUAAUAAUUGUAAUUGCAAGGCUUGUCUGCGGGCAGACAUAUUCAACAAGAUUGACAAGUUUAAAGUAUCCUUUGAUGAUGAAAUUACAUUCGCUCAUCGAAUUGUACACUUCUUACUCCCUUGGCUGAAAGAUUUGCAUCAUAAGCAGAUGCUAGAGAAAAGUGUUGAGGCCACAAUUAGAGGGAUUGAUGCAUGCAAAGUGGAGGUUCAAGUUAGGUGUACACAAACCGAUGAGCGGAUAUUAUGCGACAAUUGCAAGACAUCUAUUCUUGAUUUCCACAGAAGGUGCAGUUCAUGUGGCUAUGAUCUCUGCCUCAGUUGCUGCCAGGAGCUUCGUCAAUAUAGCUCUCGCAGUUCAAGACAAUUCAAGGCAAGUAACAAUGGAAGCAUACUUUGCACUAGCUGUUGUGAUCGUUCUCUUGAACUAAACUGCUGCUUCGAGGAAAAGUUAAUUUCUGAUUUACUGGAUAAAGCAAAUUCAGUGGUCUGUAGCAAAACAAUGCUCGAGGUGGUAAGUUCAAAAUGUUCCUGCUUUAUGGAAUCUGGCGAGAUAAACGUUGGAACAUCACGGAAAUCAGCUUGUAGAGACCCCAAUGAUAAUUACAUAUAUUGCCCAGCUGCUAGAGAUGUUAAGAAUGGCGGUUUAGAUCAUUUCCAGCACCAUUGGUUGAAGGGCCGGCCUGUUAUUGUCUGUGAUGUGCUUGAGUUAACUUCUGGAUUGAGCUGGGAACCAAUGGUUAUGUGGCGAGCCUUGCGAGAACAGAAAGGAGAGACUAAGAAAGAGCGGCUCUUUGUUAAAGCUCUUGAAUGCCUGACAUGGUCUGAGAUCGAAGUAAAUAUCCAUAAUUUUUUUGAUGGAUAUUCUUGUGGAAUUGUUGGUUCAGAGGAUUUGCCAUCUUUAAUUAAGCUUAAAGAUUGGCCAGAAGGUAGCACUUUUGAGGAGCGACUACCAAGACAUCAUGUUGAGUUCAUUUCUGCUUUGCCAUUUGGUGAAUAUACGCAUCCUAUAUAUGGCCCUCUUAAUCUAGCAGUGAAGCUUCCGGAGGAAGUUGUAAAACCAGACCUUGGUCCAAAAAUUUGUAUUGCUUAUGGUGUUGCGCAGGAAUUGGGAACGCGUGAUUCUGUUACCAAGAUUCAUUCUGACAUGUCCGAUACAGUGAAUAUCCUCACACAUACUGCCAAAAUAAAGCUCAAAGCCCAAAGUAUUACAUAAAUAGAGAAAAUGAAAAAGAGUAUGGCUUUCAUCAGCAAAGAUACAAGUGAACCUCCUAAUGACGCAGAAGAAGGAACUUCUAAACCUACUGAAGACGACGAUCUACCAUUUGUGGAGGAAAAUGGGCCAGAAGGUGGUGCGCUGUGGGAUAUAUUCCGAAGGGAAGAUGUCAGCAAACUACAUGAUUAUCUAAUGAAGCACAAAGAGGAGUUUAGGCAUUACAACUGUGAACAAGUGAAGCAGGUUACUCAUCCUAUACAUGAUCAGUGUUUUUAUCUAACGAAUGAGCACAAGAGGAAGCUUAAGGAAGAAUAUGGAGUUGAGGCCUGGACAUUUGGACAGAAGCUUGGUGAGGCAGUACUUAUCCCUGCAGGUUGUCCCCACCAGGUGAGAAAUCUGAAGUCAUGUAUAAAGGUUGCACAUAACUUUGUUUCUCCAGAAAAUCUGAACGAGUGCAUAAAGUUGAGAGAAGAAUUUCAGCGGCUUCCAGAAGGGCAUAUGAUGAAUGAAGACAAACUAGAGGCCUGGCAAUCGUUUUCUCAUUACUCCCAUGAUGUAUCUAUUUACAUCAAAAUAAUCGUCCUAUGCCAAUUUUUGUGCAGCUCUAGUACUGCUGUAUAUAUGUUCACCUUUAACAUUCCAUUUUCUAGUUGGAUCUACGGAGCUAAAACCUGAAAUUCUGUGUGAACCUUGGAAUCCAGGUUAACAAGAUAACUCUUCACGCGCUCUGUAAAGCCAUUAUGGAUAUUAAUAGUGAUUGUGGGCUUGUGGCCAUUGGAUAUUAAGAUAAUACAGCAGACGAGUCCAAGUUCCAGGAGUAGGAAGAGCAGUUCAAGGCUAGGAAGUUAUCUUUAGGGCACAUCUGGAUUAUAAUUAGAAUUCUAUACGAUGCAAUAAUCUUUCCUUUAGAACCAGGAAGAGCUCAAUGGAAUAUUCGAUUAAGAUUA